UCGUUGUAGCGUUAUUAUUUUUGGUUCUAAAUGUGUAGCUGUUGUGUGAAUAGGUGAAAGUUAAACUGUCGUGACAGCAGAAUGCUGCUGGUGAGGUGAGGUGAGGUGGCAUCAUCUGCGUUGCAAACGUUUUAUUUUCUAAUAUGAUAAAUCGCUGACGCGUUACGCGCAAGAUAACCAACGCGGCAUUAAUAUUGUCCAGAUAGUGCAGUGCGCAAACGAGAGAGCAGGAAAAACACAAAUUAAGUACAAAUGGAAAGACUUUAAUAGGUGUAGUUGCCAAAAACCUAAACGUUUACAUUAAUUGUAUGAAAUACAUUUUCGCAUUCUUAGAUGACUAAAUCCAAUGAGUUGUGUAGCACAAUGAGACGCACAGUUUGUCUCAAGAAAUACCACUGGAUGCCCUGCUCGCUGUAGUCAAAUUGACCUGCUCCAUGAAAAGUUAUAAACUCAUUUAUCAAAGUAUAAUGUAGAGGGAUCAAUACAGAAAUACCCAGUCUGUUUUUUAAAGUCUCUUAAAAUCAAGGUAUUGUACCCCUGUAAACCUCAUGGGUGUAUAGCAAAUGACACUUUAAAGAGAAGGUCAAUACCAGCAUUUGACAGAGAAGCAUGCUUGAGAACACCAAACUAAGUUAGUUUACAGACUGCCUAAGUUUGUCUUUUAUUAAAUAAAAAUUUCCCUGCUGAAAAGAAAAUAAAAAUAGGUUGUGAAUCUGUAUUUCUGUACAAGUUACCUCAUGUCAGUGUUUUUUUUUUUUUUUUUUUUUUGUGGUACAAACUACCUGAGGGGAUUCUGCUGAAAUUCCAAGGGAUUCUCUGAAACUUUCCCGGGACUUCACUAUAAACAAUACAGAUUUCUAUCUUAUCUUUGCAAACAUCUGCGAUAUGGCUUAUUCCCAGUCUGACAACGACCUUGAAUCGGACAACUGUGGGGACAUGUCUGAAAUCCACACACGGCUCCAGUCAUUCCAUAACUUCCCCAAGGAUAACCUGGUAUCUCAUCAGAGGCUGGCCAGAGCUGGCUUUUUCUUCACAGGCAACUCCGACCGGGUCAGGUGCUUCAGCUGCAAUCACACUGUGGAGAACUGGAGCAGUGGAGACGCCCCUGUAGAGAGGCAUCAACAGGUGUCCCCUUGCUGCACCUACCUGAGCUGCACGCAGAGAGUCCCCUCCCAGCCAGCCACGCUCAACGGACACGCGGCCCCAUCAACCAACAGUGCUGCGUACGACGAGGAAAGAGAGGAUCUGGAGUACCGCCUGCGAACGGGAGAGGUUGUGGACGAGACUGACUAUCCGAAACACCCUGACAUGUGCAGAGAGGAAGCCAGGCUGGACACCUUCCAAUCGUGGCCCCCGUCUGCCCCUGUGAGGCCCCGGGAGCUGGCCCAGGCCGGGUUCUAUUACACCAACUCCAGGGACCGGGUCGAGUGCUUCUGCUGUGGUGGCAUGCUGGGGAACUGGGAGCCUGGAGAUGAAGCCUGGAUGGAGCACGAGAGGCACUUCAGCAACUGCUUCUUCAUCCUGGGCCACGAAGUGGGGAACAUUCCUUGCCAGCAGCCCCCUGAAAUGGAUACAGUUCCGUACAUGGGAUCCUAUGAGGAGCGUCUCCGCAGCUUCACUGGCCAGCAGCAUCCCGUCGACCCAGAGAGGCUGGCGAGGGCUGGGUUUUACAGUACAGGUGAGCUGGACAAGGUGAUGUGUUUCCAAUGUGCAGGGGGUCUGAAGGGCUGGCAGGCUGAUGAGGACCCCUGGGAGGAACAUGCCAAAUACUAUCCAGGGUGUAACUUUCUUAUUGCGGAGAAAGGCCAAGCGUUUGUGAACAGUAUCCAGUUGGGAAAUCCCUGCAGGAACUCUGCUGUAAGUGCAGAACGUGUUCCAAAUGGACUGGCAGUACGACAAGAAGAUUCGGGCAUCAUGCAGUCCUCUGUAGUGCAGAGGGCUCUGGAGAUGGGCUUCGAUGCUGCAGAAGUUGAGAGAACAGCCCGGGAGAGGGUUUGUAAGACUGGGAUGGAGUAUGAUUCAGUGGAAGCUCUGAUCAGUGACCUGACCAGGGCUGAAAGUGAGUCAGAGGAAACACAAGAUAAAGAGGAGGAGGACCCUAUGGAGAAGCUGAGGAAACUACAGCAGGAGAAGCUCUGUAAAGUCUGCAUGGACAAAAACAUUGCCAUAGUCUUCAUCCCCUGUGGACACCUGGUCACCUGCAAGAAGUGUUCCGAGGUCCUUAGUAAAUGCCCCAUAUGCUGCGCACCUAUCAUUCAGAAGGUUAAAACCUACCUCUCGUGAACCCUGAUUAAUACUAGGAUUGCAUACGACUGUUCGUGUUCUACUUGGCAAAAUAUAUACUAGAAGUGAUUGGGACUCCUAUCGGCAUAUUUUAAAGCAAGGCUGUGCUUUAUUUCAGUCCCUGCCCAUUACUGACUUUGUUGAAACGGCAGUAAAACGGCCGUUUUGACUUCUGACAUUACAAGUAGACAAGAGAUUUUUUUUUUUGUGGUUUAGCAUUGCCGUGGGGCAGACACUUUAGCGUGUUUUAAAACUGUAAAUCAUAUUCGUUCGACUUUGGCACAUUUGGAACAAUGCCUCAGCAAACAGGCAGGCAGUCCCCAUUAUGACAUGUACUUCUCACUGACAUAAAAUGACAUUCCUUGCAAUAGAUUAACAGUGAAGCUCAAUUAAUAGAACUCUCUGCAGCAUAGUAGAAAGUAUGUAAUUGAUACCCUAUUCACUACCUAAUAGCCCAUUCUCUAAGUAAUGCACAAUAAACCUGUACUGAAAACCUGACUGAGCGGCUUUGGGUAGUGUGAAUAGAGUACAAGUACUGGGGAAGGCUAGCCUUAUUUGGGCAAACACAAAAGGGCUUUGGCGUUCAGCACUGAAUAGUUGGAGCGGUGCGUUUUGUUUGUGCCUUCGGGGCUAAGAAAGAUAAUAAUGCCAACAGGGAAACAUGUAUGUGCCCCUGACGCUGCCCCUCACAAGCCCACAGCAAAGCCUUGAAUUUGAAUAAUAAACAGAAAGUGCAACGCUGUGACAUGGAGACCCUGAAUGUGUUGCUUGAAACCUCACCAGCUUGUAUGAACUGUACAAUGAUGCUGCUGUACUGCUGGCAUUGCUGAGCACUGAAGAGAGUUCAUUAAGCUACUGGCCUAGGAAGUGCACAAUUUGUGAAACUAAGAAUGUAUAUAUUGCUGUGGAAAAAUACUAUUUUUUAAAUAAUGAUUCUUAUAUAUCUAUCUAUAUCUAAUAUAUAUAUAAUGUAUCUAUCCUUGCAUUUAAAUCAUGUUAUGCGUUCUUGUAAAGCAGUCGGGGGGGCUGUUCAGUUAACAUAAUAUUAACACUUUCUACUUUAAAUAAAUGUGAAAGUCGUUAUAUAGAUUUUCAUAAACUAUUUAUACUAUGAUGUAGAUUCUGAUUGGUGGGGGGGACUUAGAUAUAUUCUAUUUAAAAUCAUUUAUUUUACAGUCGAGCUAAAGAUAUAUAUAUAUAUUGUAUAGAGGUUAUAGAAAUGUGCUUCAUAUAUUUUGAGAAGUAUUGUACUGUAAUGUUAAUACAGUAAUACAUUAAGUUUCUGUGUACCACAAUCAUGUUCAGUUUAACACUAAAAUAUCAUUUAUUUGUAAUUGUAAUAGUGUUCUCUAAAAUCCAGUGACAGUUUGAUUGAACUGGAGACGGAUAGUUUUGGUUAACAUAUAGGGGGUAUAGACAGCUUCAAUAACAUUGAAUACCUAGAGCUUAUUUUUGCAGAAGACUAUUUUUAACAAUUAUUUAUUGUUAACUUUCAUUGUGAUUUACUUAGCUUUGCAACAUCCCUUUUGUUAAAUGCAAAUUAAAUGCAUCCUCUUAAAUGUA